AUGUCGUGUAAAGGAUGGGGUUUUUGCCAUUGUUUUAUUAUUGGAUUAUGUGGCAUAUGUGCAUUUACAGAAGCUUGUGUCCUUCCAAUUACUCUAGUUAUAGUUCCAUUUAUGGCUUGUGAUUUAAGCCUAAGUUCAGGUCACGUAACCGCUGUGUACGCUGUAUUAACUUUAGGAAUGGCUGUAGGAGCAUUUCUAUUUGGAAUAAUAAUAGAUGCAAAUGGACGUAAGAAUUCAAUUCCUGUUACUAUGAUCUUAGUGUCUUGUGCUAGCAUCAGUUUAUCAUUUGCGCAAACUACUUUCCUGGUAUACGUCUCGAUAUUCGUACUUGGAUUGGGAUUAGCUGGCAAUAAUGUAGUUCUAAGAGUAUACCUAAUAGAAUUCAUGCCCAUGAAACGAAGAGGCUUUUACUUGGUUGUGUUGGACCUGUUGGGAUUGAUUGGCUACGUGUCUGCUUUAGGAUUAUCAUGGUUACUAAUGCCAUCGAUCAUUCGAUUGCAAAAUAAAAAAUUUCGACCAAAUUCUUGGCGAGUGCUUACAGGAUUGGGAGGUAUACCAAAUUUAAUUAUGGCGUGUGCGAGCAGCUUAUUACCAGCAAGUCCAAGAUACUUACUCUAUCGCCGACAAUACGAACAAGCACUAAUGAUAUUACGACAAAUCUAUGCAAUUAAUAAUUCGAAGCAUGCCGAUACAUAUUUGUUAAGCAAUUUAGAUAACUGUGUUCGACCAGACGAAGAAGACGAAGGAAAUACGAGAAAUAUGAUGAAAAUAAUACGAAAAUUCUGCGUGAAAACGUAUAAACGCAUUCAAGAGAUUUGUCAAACUCCUUUCAGAUGUACUACAAUAUUAGGAAUCGGUAUUAAUUUUCUGCAAUUUCCAGGAAUAAUUUGGUUGGCACUCUGGAGUACUCAACUACUACAAGAGAACUUCGACAAAUCAUCGAAGAAAAAUUCGACGUGUAUUAUCGAUAUCGAAAACUUGGCAUUAGAACUUUUGCACAAUUGUCACGAGAUGAACACGGAUCGUUUUAUAGUCCUCUUGUAUUUAUCCCUGAGUUAUAUAUUAGGAGAAAUUUUAUUACUAGUUGGUAUCGAUGUUAUCGGUAGAAAAAUAUUUUUAGUGCUUUCAGGGAUAGCAGGAACAGUGGCAUGCAUUGGUCUAUUAUUUACAGUUCAUAACAUAGUACAAAUUGUUCUUUCAAUGAUCAUAUUAGCAACUUACGCAAUUGGCCGAACAACAGCCUCGAUACUCUUGUUGGAAAACUACUUUACCGGCGUAAGGGGUACCAUUAUCGGUUUGUCCAGAGUAUUUCCAUAUUUGUUUGGAAGUUUCUCAAAAUUGUUCCUAAACAUACAAUGCCUUCCUAGUAUUAUUGUUAUAUCAGGAAUUUUAAUGAGUGCAGCCGUUGCAGGGUCACGAAUGCCCGAUCUAACCCGGUUUCCGAUGCAAGAAUAACUCGAUAAU